UUUCAAUGGCGGUAAUGGCGGUAUAUUGAGUACGUCACGGUUUUGUCUACUAGAAAGUAAUUAGUAAAAUUUAUGUGAAAAUUUUGCCGUUUAAUAAAUAUAAUUAUAGUUAAUUAUACAAAUUUGUUACUCUAUUCAAUAUCUUGUCUUUACAACAAGUUUUAACAAUAGAAAAUUCCUUUAUUGUACCAACUUUUGCAUUUUACCAACUUGAUUUUCUUUAGUCAAAUUUUUAUUUUUUUUAUGUUAAAAUUUGUUUUUAAUACAAUUGCGAAUUCUUUAUUUAAUUAAGGAGAGAGUAUUUUGAAAGCUGUGAAGUAAUAAAUUAUUAAAGAAAAAUUAAUUUAAUUAUGCAAAUAUGGAUUACCACGUAAUCAUUGUUAUUGCCUGUGUUUUUCUUGCUUCGUUAUUCUCUAUUUUGUUUAUCAAUAAGUUUUUCAAAAACAAAACGUAUGAAGAAGCGGCGGCAGAAAAGAAAGCUUUAGUUGAAAAACUCUAUCCGACUAAAGUAAAUUCGAAAAAAAUUCGAAAGUUUGGUGUCAAGAAGGAAUUCAAAAAGGAUAAAAAACGCCCAUCAGUAAAAGAUUCUACAGCAGAAAACGACUUACAGGAUAGUGAAGAUAUUGAGGAAGAAGAGAGUCCGUCUGUAGAAAGUAGUCCUGGACAUAUUAUAAAAUCAAAACCCCAUGUUGAUUUUUCACAAAACCAAGAAAAUCUAAACGAUCAAACUACUAAUGAUCCAAAAGGAAAUAAAUCUCAAAAUAAAAAGAAAACUAUAAAAACUGGUAUUUUGGUAAACAAAAAUGAAACAAGCCCUGUUCAAGAAAAUAAUCCAAUUGAAAAUAUAAAUCACUUUGAAAAACAACAUCCCAAAGAUGUUAUAGAAUUAAAAAAACAGCAUAAGGAUGAACAAAAUAUGAUGCAAGCCAAUGAUGGUAAAAAUUCAAAAAAUUCAAAAGACACUGGAAAGAAAGCAAAUAAAAAGAAAGAGAGUAUUGAAACGAUAACCGAACCGCAGAUUAUUCUGGCUAAAGAGGUUAAAAUUACGGAAGUGAAAGCUGCAACUCCCGCUGUUAUGCUUACGAAUUCCGCAGCAAAAACGGAAUCACCGAAAAGCCAAGGGAACAAGAAAGCAUCGAAUACCACUAAAUCAAAAAAUAAUAUGAAAGAAUUAUCUAUAAUUGACAAAAUUGGCCAAAAUGAUGUUAUAGGAGUCAAUUAUCUCAUUCAGCUAUUUGCUAAAGCAGAGCUUAACAGAAAUGACAUUCAAAUUUUAAUUGACUUUUUAUUAAAUAAGCAGCAAGAUACAGCUGCAGUUGCACAUGAAUGGUCGGACGAUAUGGUGACCAAGUUGCGUAAGCAAUUAACAGAAAAAGAAAAGGCACUUCAAGAAGAAAUUGAGGCAUCAGCUGGCAUUCAAGCUAAAUUAAAAGACCUCAGAGCUGAAAUCAAUUCCGAGAGGGCUCAAUUUAAUGCUAAUAUUAAAGCAUAUACAGAGGAACUGCAAGCUAAAAAAAAUGAAAUUGUCCUUUUGACAUCUGAUAUACAAAGUUUAAAUGAUAAAUUGCAAGUGGAGCGUCAACAAUUUCAAGCAAAAUUACGUCAUGAAAAACAGGUUGGUUCGCAGGAGCUUGUAGCUCAAAUUCAACAAAUUAAAGAGCACAAUACCAUAUUGCAAAAUGAGGUGGUUCAAAAAAACAGUUAUAUCAAUGAUUUGCAAAGAAUAACAAAUGCAUCCCACCAAACAAUAGAAGAACAUAAACAAAAAUUAACUGAACUAAACGAAAUCUAUCAACAAAAAGUGAGCCAGAUACACUCAUUAGAAACCGGUUUGGCUGAAGCUAACGAAACUAUUCAAAGAUUGCAAUAUGAUUUAGAAAUGGCGAAAAUUUCAGAAAAUGAAAAAGAAGGUAGCAAAGUUGAAAUAAGAAAUUUACAAAAUGCACUUGAAACAACAAAAUCUGAAUUAAAUUCUGCUAACAUGCAGUUAAGUGAAAGCCAACAAAAAAAUAUAACUUUAAAUAAUGAGUUGGAAGAAAUAAAAAAUCAGUUUAGUUUAUUGAAUUUAAAAUAUCAAGAGCAUAGUUCUGAGUCGACUAUUAUGAAAAACUCGGUAGAUAAUUGUAAAAAAGUUAUCGCAGAAAAAGAUUCUAAAUUGAAUGAAUUUGAAAGUCAAAUAAAGCAAUUGCUCAAAAAGGAAGAUGAUUUAAUAAGGCAACUCACUGAACAAAGAGAUAAAAAUAAUGACUUGCGUACAAAGAAUUGGAAAUUGAAUGAAGCUUUACAAACUGCAGAAGCAAAUGCGAAAAAAAUAGUGGCUUCUAACAUCAAACCCUCUUUAGAUAGUUUAGUUAUUUCAUCUAUGCAAACUGCCACAGGCACUUCAAGUGGUCAUGUUGAUCAACAAACUACUCGUGAUAUAUUUCAGAGAUUGUUCCCCGACGCUGUGAAAAAACAUUCAUCAACAGCACUAUCAACAUCAUUUAAUGAGUGGGUCGAACAAGUUGUACUAACGCAUAUAGAGCUAGUAACUGAUAAUAUUCAAAAACAGCAACAAAAUCAACAUAAAAGCAGUAGUGAAAACCUUAAUUCAAAUAAUAAUAAUAAUCACCAUUCUCCACAUAAUCAUAAUAGUGUUAGCAGUAAUAAUAAUAAUAGCAGUGAAGUUAUUAAUAGUAAAAAUCUUAGUAGCAAUAACAGUAAUAGAAAUAUUGUUAGUAUUGAUAAUAAUAGCGGUGAAUUGUUAUCACAAAAUAUUAAAUUAAAAGCACAAAUAGAGGAGUUGACAAACAUAGUCACCAAAACGGAGAGCAUGUUAAAACAUUUGGAAAAUCAAGCACGGGAUCAGGAUGCUCACUGGCGCAAAAUCGUUGAGUCACAGGAAGAAGAAAUAAAUUUAUUAAAGAAUGCAAAUGGAGAAGCGAUUUAAUAAUAACCUCUCAAGAGAAUGAUAAAAUGCAUCAUUGAAAAAUGAAGAAAGGAACAUGAUAAAGAAACGAAAAUUUAUAAGUUUUUCGUUGUUACUUUUGCCUUCCAAAAUUGAAAAAAUACAAGAAUAAAAAUAAAACAAAAAAGCUAAAAAUAUCAUAUUAAUAAUAGUUAAAAAGUAACUGCGACAGUAUCCAAUAAAUUUUUUUUUAUAUUUGAUUAAAUAAAAUUUAUGUUGAAAGUAAUAAUUUUUUUAAUAUUUAAGCAAUUAUAAAAAAAAUAUAUAUUUCUCUUUUUCUUUGUUUAAAAUAAUGUAUUUAUAAAUUUAUACAUAAUCAUUUUUUUGGACAUUAUGUGUUCUAUAUUAUUAUACAUAUAUAUUUUUUAUAUACAUAUUAUUUAAUCAUUUUUUAUAGCGAUUUUUAAUUUUAAUUACAAUAAAUGAGCAUAUUCAGUUUAUUUUUUAUUAUAUUUGUAAACGUUAGUAAUUUAUAAAAUUUAUACUGAACUAUACAUACCACAGGUAUUGUUUGUUUUAUAUUAUAAUUGGUAUAAUAAUUUCAUUUUGACAUAAAUUAUAAAAAAGAAA